AUGCAGGAUCAGAUUUCCUCACUGUCCUCCGAGAUCAGGCAAGUAAACAGCAGGGUAGACAGGGUCCUGGCACUAGAACGCAACCAAAAUUGCAGUGACAGCAAACUUCUAUACAUAAUGAGAAACACAGAAGACUUGGACAAUAGAGGCCGCAGGAACAAUAUAAGAAUAAGGGGAUUACCAGAGCCACAAGGCUCGCCUGAAGACUUACACCAGACCCUGCAAUCUCUCUUUAACAAAAUAUUACAGAGGCCAGCAGAGACGCAUAUUCUUCUAGACAGAGCCCACAGGGCGCUGAGGCCUAAGCAUAUUUCUCCUGACUCCCCCAGAGAUGUGAUCUGCAGAGUACAUUAUUACUCUGAAAAGGAAGCCAUCAUGAGGCAAGCCAGAGACACGGAAGACAUUAUGUACAACAACUCAAAAAUAUUGCUUCUCCCAGAUCUGGCGUGGCUUACUCUGAGAGGCAGAAGAACCCUGAGACCACUCACACAGGCACUACAACAGGCCAACAUCAAAUACCGAUGGGGAUAUCCUUUCUCUCUGACAGCCACACAUCAGGGCGCCCAAGCCACACUAACAUCGGCGAUGGAAACAGAGGCUUUCACUCAGCGCCUGGGUAUACCCAAUAUUGAUAUUCAGGAUUGGUACGACAUAACAGAACCCGAACAAAUUCCACCUCAUCCUCAAAGAAUGAAAGGUCAAGCUGCAGAUACAAGAAGGAGGACGACGUGGAAGACCCCACCUGCAUCGCCUUUCAUGAGACCGAAGAGACCGCAAGGGACCCCGAGGAAAAUAAUCUGA